AUGAACCUCAUCAUCAUUCUACUUCUUCUCGCCAGUGUCUUCGGAUACCUCUACGACGAGCGGGAGGGCGAGCGUCGCGACAACCUCCCCUCCCCCUUCGGAGGCUGGCUCCGUGUCGCCGCCGCCCAGAGCGUCGGAAAUUCUAUCAACAGCAUCUUCAUCCCCAUCGAGAGCGUCGUUCAUGGUGCUGGAAACGAGGAGAACAUUGACCAAAUCGAGAACACCAUGGCUGCCAUCGACAUCGACCUCCAUCCGACUGAAGGUGCCCCUAAGGAUCUCUUCGACCUCGGACAGCAGACCUUUGACGGUUCCGACAUUUAUCGCGCCAUGAACUCCUACAAGAAUCUCGUCAAUUCCAGAAAGCAGACUCUGAACGACCUUGACCUCUCACCCGUUCAGAACGCCUUCAACAGUCUUCUGGACCUCGGACACGACACCAUGGACAACGUCGACUUCUCAGCUGCCACGGAUGCCUUUGAGAAUGUCGUGAAGCGUGGAAAACAGAUUAUGGCCGACAUGAUUCCUCAAACCAAGAUCGCUAUCAUCCCCGUCGAAGACCUCGGCGAGCUCGAGCUUCUUACCCCCUUAGCUGGCAUUGAGAACGGAUCGUGCCCUCCUCGCGUGGACCUCGACAUCCUGCUCAACAAGGCGAAGGACCUGCUGGCCGUCGCGUUCGGCAUCGUUCUCGAUUUCAUGAAGGACCUGUCGCUGUGGAUUGAGAUGGAGUACGAGCGCAUCUACGACUGGACUAGGGAGAACCCGAAGAAGGCUAUCGCUAUCGGAGUCGUGGGCGUGGGAAUCACCAUCAUGGCAGCUCCAGGAGUCGUCAGCGGCCCAGCCCUCAACAUCGUGGGUUUUGGUCCCAACGGAGUCAUAGCCGAAUCCCUGGCCGCUGCGGUCCACGGCAUGAUCGGCAAUGUUGCGGCUGGUUCGUCCUUUGCCAUGCUCCAGAGCGCUGGGGCUGGAGGAUCCGGCCUGGCCGUCGUCAAUGGUGUCGUUCAAGGCGCCGGCUUGGUGAUCACAGGCUACAACGUCUGGGACCUGGUCGAUGAGCUGGUUAAGGAGCAGAUGUAA